ACUCACACACAAAAAGAAAGAAAGAAAAAAGGAAAGAAAAGAAGCAGAAGAGAAAGAAAGGAAGAGACUGAGAGGAAAAAAAGAGAGCAAAGAAGGCAGAGCAAAAUAAUCCAUAAGAGAGAGAUACAACACAAUUGCCCAUUCAAUAUCUCCCCCUUUUUCUACGGGAAAAAAUACAAAUGAGAGUUUACUCCCAACGAAAAUUUUUUUUUUCUCCACGAAAAAAAAAAAAAGAAAGAAAAAUCUGUCAUCUGUCUUCUUCUCCAUAUGAUCUUUUCUCAUCCAGCUUCUUACAUCCCCUCCUGUUUUAGGGUCCUUCCACUUCCUGGAGGACCCUAGAUCCCUCCCUCCCUUCCUCCUCCUCCUCCUCCUCCUCCUCCACCCUAGCCAUUUGUCAUUUCUUGUGCAUUGAUGCUAACUUUUUCUUCUUGUUUUUCUUUCUUUCCCAUCCCAAAGGAUUGUUGUACAUUGAUGAGAUUUUUGUUUUUUGGCCCUUUUGAGAUUGGAUGAAUGUUGUUGUUGUUGUAUAACAUUGCCAAAAGGGAAUUCAUUGCGGAAUCGUUUGAUGAAUAUAAGAUCUUUGUUUUUUUUUUUUUUUUUGUUAUUCCCCUGUUCUUGUAAUAUAAGUUUUUGCUAGAAUUUUGAUUACAUUGUGGAGAUAGAGAGCAUCAUCAUUAAGGAUGAAUUGCUUCCCAUGUUUUACGCGUAAACACAACGACGAAAACAAUGAGGAGGUCCCUGUUGCUCCGGUUAGAGAUGCAACUCCUCCACCUGCUCCGCCUCCCGCUGUCAAUAAUGCCCCCAACCACAAUCCACCCCCGGUAGAUAACAUUACCAACAAUAUCAACACUGAAGAUACCACGCCCGAAAAUGGAAACAAUGGGGCUAGGACGUUCACAUUUCGUGAGCUUGCUAUGGCAACAAAGAAUUUCCGACGAGAGUUUUUAUUGGGUGAAGGUGGAUUUGGAAACCUUUACAAAGGAACACUUCAAACAGGGGAGGUGGUGGCUGUGAAGAGACUAGACAGGAAUGGAACACAGGGGAACAAAGAGUUUCUGGUUGAAGUUCUAAUGUUAACUCUCCUUAAACAUCCUAACCUUGUUAGUCUCAUGGGAUACUGCGCAGAUGGGGAACAAAGGCUUUUGGUAUAUGAAUAUCUGCCAUUUGGUUCAUUAUCAUCCUAUAUACAUGACUUGUCCGAUGACAAGAAGCCCCUAGAUUGGCAAACAAGAAUGAAAAUAGCGAGUGGGGCUGCUCAAGGACUCGAUUAUUUACAUGAGAAGGCCAAUCCUUCAAUUAUUUACCGUGAUUUAAAGAUGUCAAAUAUUUUGUUGGAUCAAGACCUCAAUCCUAAACUCUCUGAUUAUGGACUAGCCAAGCUAACACAGGGUGAUACAAAGAUGCACAUAUCACCAAGGGUAAUGGGAUCCUAUGGUUAUUGUGCUCCCGAGUACGAAAGACAUGGUGAACUCACAACAAAGUCAGAUAUUUAUAGUUUUGGAGUUGUUUUACUUGAACUCAUUACAGGACGUAAAGCAUUGGAUACUACGAAACCAACAGAUGAGCAAAAUUUAGUUACCUGGGCACAACCAUAUUUUAAGGAUCCUAAGAGAUUCCCAGAAAUAGCAGAUCCACUUCUUAAUAAGGAAUUUUCGGAGAGAUAUUUAAACCAAGCAGUUGGGAUUGCAGCGAUGUGCCUGCAAGAAGAGCCAUCUGUCCGUCCAUUAAUUGGAGAUGUUGUCGCAAUACUAAGUUUUCUUGCAGUUGCUCCACCACAAGAUACCAUUGCUGACACACUGCCAGCUCCCAAUCCAUCACAAUCAGAGGCGGCAACAUCAGGCAAUCAUGAAGAUCACCAUGAGAACAGUGACAACUCAGAUCAUGAGUAUGAAGGAAGUGAUGAUGAGUACACAAGCAACUCAGAAUAUGAGUCCAACUACAGUUCAGAUGGUUCAGAUCAUGAAGCAACAGAAAACCACCUUCACAGGGAAAGCAAGCGAAUUAAGAGCUCAAAACCCAAGAGUAAGAAGAUAAAGAAUCAAGACAGUUACAAACCUCGAAAGGAAGACUCUAGCUCAGACAACAUAAAGAAGACAGGAAGUGAUAAACGGAGCAUUAGUGUGACAUCAAAUAGCAGCAGUAGCGUCCGUCGCAGCUCAAGGAGUGUUCGCUCAGCUGCAGGGCCGCAAGGAAAUGUUUCUGGCAAUUCAAGUCAGGAUGAAGAGCGACAACAUGGUAGUUUUGGUUCAAGUAUGGGACGCGGCAGAUACGAGGAGUCUUUCUCAUGGAGUAUUGGUUCAAGUUCAAAAUACAAUUUCACAAGCGAGAGUGGUCGUGUAGAUUCAGGAUCCUACAACAUUGAAUUGCAUAAUAGUAGUCUUGAUGCAAACAUAAAGCAGGAAAACAGUAUGAAGUCCAAGAAUCCUAGUCUUGCUUCACAUUCAAGGCAAAGUAGUCACGCCGAAUCUGAAGAAGGAAGUUAUAGUCCAAGCAACUAUAGCGAUGAUGAUACUGAACAUAAAAGCUCUCUGGUGGCAAGAUGAUGCCAUGACAACCAUCAAGUCCAUCAUGACAAUACGAUAACACACUUCUUUGUUUUUAUGUUUAUGAUCAGAACAGAACAUUUUUUCUCUGUUGUUACUUUGGAAAUUCCUGUCAGGGAUAUGCAAUCACCGAUGAUCCCUUCUUAUCAACUUAAAAAUUAUACUACUACAGGAAACAGUAGUUUUAGGUUUUCUUUUUCCACUUUUUUUUUUUUUUUUUUUGGCUAUGGUUUGAGAAACCUGCUUCCAAAAAUUACAGGAAGUUACUGAAACUUUUAGAUGACUAGCCUUUCUUAUACAUUUCUCCGAGUACUACAAUCUUUUUAGUGAAUAAAAAACAGAUAAUUCAAGC